AUGUGGACCGCCGCGGUGAGGACGGUAAAUAAAGCGAACCCGGCGGCAUUUCUAUUUCGUACUUCACUCGCCGACUGCAAUACACACGGUAAAAUUGCCAAAAGUAUUGCGAUUUUGCAAAGCAAACUACAAAAGAGCACAAAGAGCGGAUCCGAAGACGAGGCUAAAUGCGCUAAAUGUAAGAAAAUAAUCGAUUUAGUAUUCGGUCCCAAUAAGCCGAUAGUACACGAAGAUUCCAAAGAUGCACAUGUUUUCAACAAAGCCAGCGAUAAAUCCAAAGAUCUUGCUUUAUCGAGAUUAAGUGCCGAUGAAAAUAGUUGUGUUAAAUGCGAGAAGAUAAUUGAUGAGAUCUUUGGUAAAGACGCAAAGUGGGAUGAUAAGUACAUGCUGGGGAAUGCUACGCGCUUGCCUAAUGAGGACCUAACGAUUUUACCUAAGGACAACAAUAUCGGAAUACGUUUAGACAAUACUGAUGCGAAAAACGUUGGAGAGAAAUUAAAAGAAGCCGCCAUUUGUUUGGCUGUUAACGAUAAAUCUAGACAGAAGAGCUCGCUCGGAGAUGGAAAAGAUGUAUCAAACCAAAAGAUUGAAGUCUUAAAGGAAUCGAAAUUGUUUCCUUUAGCGACUACAGAACAAAAACAUUCGGAUGAUAAACGUGAGCUUUUGCGUGAUAAUACCAAGGUAGGCUUUUCGAAGAAAGGUCAACAGGGGCCUGAAACUGAUGUACAAACGACUUUAGAUGAAAUAGCCGAGAAAUGCCUCAAUAAUCCUGUUAAUGAAAUCGAUAGGAGAUUAAUACAUGAGAUGAAGCAAUUGGGAGUACCUCAGGCCUCUAAUCGCAGAGCACUAGGGAAUGGCUUGGCUGAGAUAGACGAGCUAAAGAAACCGAAAAAGACUGUUGAAAAGACUGAAAUAGAUCUAGAGAGUCGUGAGUUUGAGAAGGAAGUUGAAAAACUCCACCCUCCCUUUAGUAUGAUUAGGGAGGAACCAACUUAUAGAUUUCAAAUGGACGACCAAGACUUUGCUUACAAUGAAAUUGGACCUAACCACAAUGUCAGUAAAUCGGGUGAUAUAGAUACACAGAAAGUUGGAAAACCUUCAGACGUAGAUAGUAAACAGUCAUUUUUCUCAAGUAAUCGUGUGGAAGGCAUUGACGAAGAGCCGGCAAUAGGUCGCGCUGAUGAAGAUCGAAAUGACGAAGUAAAAAUGAUAAAGGCGAGACUGUUUCCGUCUUUCGAGGCCAGAGAGGAAGUUAAUGGACCAGAAAUCGUAACUGAAGAAGAUGUGACGCAUUCUUUCGAGCCUAAUUUAAAUUAUGACCAAUUAAAUAUAAGAGUUGCUGAAGGACACGGUAAAGAGGAACAGACAGUACCAGACGAACAUCAGACAGAAGGAAACGCAAGCUUACACGAUGAAGAGAAUCUGGAUAAACAAAUUUUACUCGAUAAGGUGUCAGAUAAAAUUAGGAAUGAUUCAAUAGACAUUACAAAUCCAAUGAAUGCCAACAUAUCAGCUGCUUUGGGACCACUCCCCAAAUUAAAGCCUGACGGAGAGGUGUCCUUGUCAGAGCUGAUGAAGAGGGUGCGGGAGAGGAAUCGCAUGGAAUACUGUCGCGAAUUUGGACUUCAAAAUCUCAGGAUGUCCACUAUAGCAGCGGAGACUGUUAAAGGUGAGUGCGGAAAGAAGACUCCUGUAUGUCCGCCUCCAGCCCCGAAGUGUCCUCCCCCUUGCCCUCCUCCGCCCCCACCUUGUCCGCCCCCUCCCCCGCCGUGCCCUAAGCCCUGCAAGCCUGUCUGUCCGCCUCCCUGUCCGCCAAAGAAGAAAAAUCCGUGCGAUAAAUUCAAAAAAUGCCAAUCGUUCUUCAUCAAAGACGCACUGAAGUUGAAUCCGAACGCUGACACUCCCACUAUCUACUGUCCACUAUUCUUAUACGCUAUGGUAGUUAGUACUGAUAUAAUGAAGUCGUCAAGAAACGGUUACAGCCGCGGAGCUGGUCUUCAUUUAAGUCCAAAGUAUAACCCAGACUUAAAUAUGAGCCUCAAUGAGGACGCCGGCCAUCCUGUAAGUCCUGAUAGGUUAUUGGCUCGAAAUUUUGACCCCUGGGUACCGAUACCGUCAUGGACCGAAUUGAAGAGGGAGAAGAAACAGCCUGUCGUCUGUCCUAAAGAUGGCUGCAAGCAGACGCCACCUCCCAAACUAACCGACCCGUGCCCCAAAGGAAAUCCAUGCCUGAACUUUCCAAUUCGACCGAACUUUUCGAUUGCUAGUUUAUUUUAUCACGUUUUAUUUGGAAGUAUUUUGACGCAUCACUCUUGGUUGACAACUGAAUAA